AUGAAAAAAAAAAAAACUUGAGAUCCUUGGGCUAUCCGAAAUCCAAGUGAACCAAAGAUUCCGAGACGCGAAAAAAACCUGAAACCUGGAUUUGCCCAAAGCUCAAAUGGUCAGAAUCCUAAUUCAGCAAUUCGAACUCCAACCAACCGACCUUUCUUCACAAGCUUUGUCCGACAAGCAACAUUCCACGCUAUGAAACCAUCUCUAAUGGGCACUCUGAAUCUAAAAUUCUCCCUUAUCCCUCUUACGGGAUUUCUCCAAAACCCCCAAAAUCACAAACGUCAGCAUCCGAGCACUGUCACUUGUGGGCUUCGAGGGGGAACAAGGAAACACCUGUGGAGGUCGAGGGUGCUUUCUGCUGAAGCCAUCCAGGCUGUACAUUCCCUCAAGUUAGCCAACUCCAAUUCCAAAUUACAGCAUGUUUUCUCCAACAAGCUUUCCAGGUUACUCAAAGCUGACUUGUUGGAUACUCUGGCUGAGUUGCAAAGACAAAAUGAAUUCCACUUAGCCCUCGAGGUCUUUGAAUUUGUGAGGAAGGAAGUAUGGUACAAACCAGACUUGUCUUUAUACUGUGACAUGAUUCAGCUGUUGGGAAAGAACAGAAUGACUGAAAUGGCUGAACGAGUUUUUACUGAACUAGAUAAAGAAGGCUUGAAACCUGAUACAAGGGCAUUCACUGAGAUGAUUGGAGCAUACUUAAUAGUGGGUAUGAUUGACAAGGCGAUGGAGACAUAUGAGAUGCUAAAGGCGUCAGGUUGCUGCCCAGAUAAGUUAACCUUUACAAUAUUGAUUAGGAACCUUGAGAAUGCUGGGAGAGAAGAUCUUGCAGCAGUUUUGCAGAAGGAUUGUACUGAAUAUCUGGAGUAUCCUGAGAGAUUCCUCGAGCAAGUUCAACAAAAGCAUUCAAAGAGGCGACAGCUGGAUCUUGUUUGAAACUUUGUGGUAGUUAGGGCGGUGAAUGCGUUUGCAGUUACUAGUUCAUAUUCUGGCUUCCAGAGAGCAAGCCCUUGUCAGGCUCUCGUAUGAGGACACUGUGGAGAUUUUCAUUGGAUAAAAGGGAUGUGUAGGACAGUGGUUUAAGGCAAGUUUGCUUUGGCACAUCUUGAGACACGGUCAAUCAAACCCACUCCAUCAUUUUCUACUUCUAUUUAUGGUCUUAAUCAACACGUCCAUUACUUUGUGCCUCCAUGAGUUGUUUAGGAAAUUUAUCCAGAAUAGCAUUGUAGAUAACUUUUAUAUUCUGUAAUAGAUUGAAUUAUAAUGCUUUGUCAGGAACAGAUUCUAUUCAUACAUAUGAAGGCAAUAAACUUCUAUAUUCCACAUGAAA